ACCUUGGGCUACUGCGGGCUGCGGUCCAUAGUCAUUCCGUGCAGCUAUGUCUUUGCCCGCGGUGCAGCUGCUGAGGGGCCUGACGGGUCUCACCCGGAGGCUCCCGGUGCAGCAUGCCCAGAUGCACUCCAAGCCGCCGCGGGAGGAGCUCGGGACCAUGGAUGUCGCUGUUGGGCUCACCGCUACUUCCUGUGUUGCCUCCUGCCAUGGGGUUGGGUCCUGUCGCAUCUGGAGAGCUACAAGAAGCGGGAGUGAAGGGGGCUGUCCUGUCCCUCACCCUGUGACCUGACCACCCCGGCCUCUCCUGAUCAUGUCUGCUGCA